AUGAAAUUAGAAGAAAGUGGACGACGUAUUUUCACGCAAAACGGUGAAGUGAAAAUAAACAGAAUUAAUGUGAAUCAACGCAAUCUUCGAUACGUAUAUGAUUAUGUGACGACGGUGUUGGAGUUGAGUUGGGGUUGGAUUUCGACAUUUCUGACAGUGACAUUCGUCAUUUCUUGGUUAGUAUUCGCUGGAAUAUGGUUCGGUAUUAUGAAGAUUCAUCACGAUUUCGAAAGAGUUGAUCAUGUGCCAUGUGUCAAUGCGGUGGCAACAUUCACUGAAUGUUUACUUCUGUCAAUUGAGACUCAACAAACAAUCGGGUAUGGAUCACGUUCGGUAACUGAACAAUGUGCAAGUGGUGUUGUACUUCUGAUAGUUCAAACAUGUUUCGGUUUAAUUCUUCAAUCUCUUUGGGUGGGUACUUUUUAUAAGAAGUUUAUUCGACCGACGAAGCGUGGUCACACAUUACUUUGGUCCCGUCGGGUUGUCAUUAGUCUUCGUGAUAAGUAUUUAACUUUACAAGUUCGUCUCGGUGAGAUUCGAGACCAAUCGAUUUUACUCGAUGCUAAAAUUCGAAUGUAUUACAUCUCGAAAUCUACCUCUGAAGAAAAAAAGAAUGUAUCUUUGAAUUUUCUGGGUAUGAAUUUAGACAGUGAUACGAGCUCAAAUCGUACCUUGCUGAUAUGGCCAUCAAUUAUCGAGCAUCGAAUCGAUUCGAAAAGUCCAUUAUGGUGUCUAGAUAGAAAAAAAUUAGCAAAUAAUAAUUUUGAAUUAUUAGUAACGUUCGAAGAAAAAAUCGAAUCAACAGGCCUACUUACACAAACAAGACAUUCUUACACUCCCGACGACAUAGUUUGGGGAGCAAGAUUCGAACCAAUGAUUCGUAAUGAUCCAGGAGCUCCAUUGACUGUCGAUUACUCGAAAUUUGAUGCUCUCUAUUGCGAUACUUGUACCAAACCAUGUUCAGCGAGUGAACUGUAG